AUGGACGGAAACAACAUGCAGAAGGAAGUGUACAGUGGCCACAAACGCGUGUACUGUCUGAACUAUCAAGCCGUCACUGCACCGGACGGGAUUUGUGUUCACUUCUUUGGGCCGGCCGAAGGAAGACGCCACGACACCACGAUGCUACGGUACAGUGGCUUGUUGGAUUACCUCGAGGCGCACUCUGGUUUGUUUUGGCGCAAGUGUAUUUAUGGCGACCCCGCGUAUGGCGUGUCCAAGUUUUUGCUUUCUGGUUACAAGGGCAACGGAUUGAGCAACGCUCAAAGGGACUUCAACAAGUGGAUGAGUCGUGUGCGCCAAUCAGUGGAGUGGAACUUCAAGGUUAUGAAGACACUUUGGGCGUUUAUUACGUUCAAAGGGUUGUCGAAGAUACGUUUAUCCCUAGUGGCCAAAGUCGUGUGUGUGGCCAUGCUAUUGACAAAUUGUCAUUGUUGCUACUUUGGAGGAAAUCAAAUCAGCAAAUUCUUCAAGUUGGAUCCACCAAGCUUGGAGUCAUAUUUGGACACCUUAGACAUAAUUGACGUUUAA